UUAUAUAUCCAGAAUUUUCCCAGUCAUGCUUAAAAAUGGUUUUGUGUGGCAUGGCUUCAAUAUAAGUUUGCUGAGGAUGGGUAGGGGAACUUUCCUGCCCAGGUGUGUCCCCUUUUGUUUUUCCUGCUCAGUGGCCAGGUGAGCACAGGAAGGGAUUUGAAGGCAUUUUGUGCUUUCUUGGCCUUGCUGCAAGAGCUGAUGGCAGGACAGAAAGCUGAUGGGUGUCCUUCUUUUCCUUCCUUCCUUGCAGGAAUCGCCCUGGCUCUGGCCCUGUGGCCCUACCGGAUGACCUUCCGCCAGAUCAAGUACUCCUUUCCAGGGGAGCUGCUGAUGCGAAUGCUGCAGAUGUUGGUCCUUCCGCUCAUCGUGUCCAGCCUGAUCACAGGCAUGGCCGCCCUGGAUGGCAGCGCAUCAGGCAAGAUGGGGAUGAGAGCUGUCAUCUACUACAUGAUGACCACCAUCAUCGCCGUCUUCAUCGGCAUCUUUAUGGUUCUCAUCAUCCAUCCAGGAAAAGGGAACAAAGACAAACUCCACCAGGAGGGCAAGAUUGAACCG